AUGGCCAUUUUCGAACACACAAAUGGCGUUGAUAACGUACAGUUACCCCCCACUACGAUGAACUUGCAAUAUCCACAGGAUGCUGGCUUCAGAAAUGGAUAUGCUUACAGCCCCAACAACUUGAAUGGAACAGAUGCUGCCUCAUAUCAAGCUGCUGCUAAUUACAGUUUCAUUCCUGAACACAGACCAUACUUGCAACCAUACCAUCAACCGCAAUCAAAUAACUAUCUACAACCACAACAUCACAUAAAGGCACAAUACCAACCUCAGCACCAGCUCCCAUCAAUAAAUGUUCUACAAGCACAAGCAACACCUCUGUCACAGGCUCAACAAGAUAUGACUUACUCACAGAGUUCAAUGCCAGCUGCUAAUGUCAACUUUCUGUACUUUGGUCAACAGGAGUAUACAACUGGCCAACCUUACAUCCCUCUUCCCAAUUAUGCCACAGGAUCAAGUAGCAAUGGGAAAUACUCAACAGCUCAGCAGCAACAGCAGCAACGUUUUCCUUUAAGCCCAGUUUCAUUACCUGAUAAAAGCAUUUCAUUGUCAUCAGUAGCACCAUCAACAGUUUCAUCGGCCUCAUCAUCCCAUUACAACUACCCUUUGUCAAGUACAUACCAACCUCAGCAACAACAACAGCAACAGUCACAUACAUUAUCAGCUCCCAUAUCCGAGUCUAAUAUUGACUACUCCUCAUUGGUAUCGUACACAAUAUCGCCCUCCUUGAAACGCAAAAGAAGAAGGAGAAACGACAAAAGCAAAUUAUCAUCUACUAUACAAAACCCCACAGCUGAGGAAGAAUCUUAUCCAUGUCCUUCAUGUGAUAAAGUCUUUCUCAAGCCUUACAAUUUAAAAUCACACUUGCGUUCGCAUUCUGAUGAAAAACCAUAUGCUUGUGCUCACUGUAGCAAAAGAUUUUGUCGCUCACAUGACAGGAAAAGACAUGAACUUCUUCACAAGGGAGCUAAAAACUUUAGUUGUGAAGGAUAUUUGAAAGAUGGUGUGACAAAAUGGGGAUGUGGCAAGAAGUUUGCAAGGAGUGAUGCUUUAGCUCGACAUUUCAGAACAGAAACGGGAUGGAUGUGUAUCAGACCUUUGAUGGAUGAAGCAAAAAGAUUGGAGGAAAGUGGUGGUGUUACUAUUGGUGUUGAUGGUCUCCCCGUAGGAGCACCAGCAUCCGUAAUACUGGCUAUCAGCGGAGCCAACGGUAUCGGUGGCACUUUAAAUCCUGAUUAUAAAAGCUAUACUGAAGAAGAUUACGAUAAUUCAAACAUGAUUAAGAGAAUGAUACAUAAUAGGUAG